AUGUGUAAGGAAAUUUGUACCAUGGCUUUUCUGCGGGCCAUCAUAGCCGAGUUCCUAGCCACCAUGAUCUUCGUCUUCUUUGGCCUCGGCUCAGCCCUGAAGUGGCCCUCGGCCCUGCCGAGCAUCCUACAGAUCUCCCUGGCUUUCGGCCUGGCCAUCGGCACCUUGAUCCAGAUGUUCGGUCACGUCAGCGGUGCGCACAUCAACCCAGCGGUGACCAUCGCUUUCUUGGUGGGGAACCACAUCUCCUUCCUUCGGUCGGUGUUCUACGUGGUGGCCCAGCUGGUGGGGGCCAUCACUGGGGCAGGCAUCCUUUACCUGGUGACCCCAAUCAACACCCGUGGAAACCUGGCCGUCAACGCGCUCAACAACAAUACAACCCCAGGCCAGGCGCUGGUGGUCGAGAUCAUCCUCACCUUCCAGCUGGCGAUGUGCAUCUUUGCCUCCACGGAUAAACGCCGUACCGACGUCAUAGGCUCCCCAGCAUUGUCCAUCGGCCUGUCGGUCACCCUGGGUCACCUGGUUGGGAUCUACUUCACCGGCUGCUCCAUGAACCCAGCCCGAUCCUUUGCACCUGCCGUCGUAGUGACAAGAUUCAGCACUGCUCAUUGGGUCUUCUGGUUCGGCCCCAUCAUCGGUGCAGUCCUGGCCUCCCUGCUUUACAACUACUUCCUGUUCCCCUAUUCGCUGAAUGUCUCCGAGAGGGUAGCCAUCGUGAAAGGCACCUACGAGCCAGAAGAGGAGUGGGAAGAGCAGAAGGAGCAAAGGACAAAGUCCAUGGAGCUGACCUCCCCGGCCCGGCGUCUUCUUGGCGGGGCUGGAAAUUCGAUUGUUCCCCAGCCACGAAGCACAAGGUCACAACUGCCCAAUUGGGAGGUAGCCCGAGGAGCCAGGAAAGGCCUGUAA